CGACGAACAUGGUGUCCGUCACUGUCGACUCGCCGGAAAUCUCGAGGGCGUCUCUACACGCGUCUCUUCCCUGGUGGACACACGUAUACACAUUCCCCUUCCUCGCGCUCUAUCCCCUUCUUGCAUAUGCCUACUUUGUGCGCUAUGACGACUGGCUGAAAUCAGAGGAAUGGACGUUCCUUGCAUGUGUCUCCCUUGGUGCUGGCCACGCACUGUCCUUCCUCGCAACUCGCUGGAGCACCGCUGCACGCGCGUUCAUUACCUGUCGAAGUGUAAAUGACAUUCGUAGUGCAGACUCGAUUAGAAUCGUACCGGCUGAGCAUAGAGGUAAAGGUGGAAUAGUUAAAUUGCGCAAAAAGGAUUCGUCCGAUCCAUCAACAUAUACAUUUUCGUAUCAGCAAGACACGUAUGUUUUGUUAUCGGAGAAACCAUUGAUAUUCGGUCCUCUACCUUAUCCGUCUACGAAUAAGCCUCCGCUGUCAUCAUACCAGCUGCCAUCCGGAUCCUCCUCGAAAGGCCUUUCGGCAGAUGACGUCCCGAGCCUGCUCAGCUUAUACAACAAGAAUGAAUUUCACAUCCCCAUUCCGGCGUUCGGGACACUUUUCGCUGAACAUGCAACAGCACCGUUCUUCGUGUUCCAGAUCUUCUGCGUCGCGUUAUGGUGUCUGGACGAAUAUUGGUAUUAUAGUAUUUUCACGCUGUUCAUGCUGAUUAUGUUUGAGUGCACAGUUGUGUGGCAGCGGUUAAAAACCUUGACAGAGUUUCGUUCCAUGUCUAUCGAACCAUACCCGAUAUCAUGUUACCGGGACGGCAAAUGGUUCGUUUUACAGUCGGAUGAAUUGCUCCCCGGCGAUAUUGUAUCUCUGGCGCGCCAGCAAACUCACAAAGAAGGCACAACUGUUCCUGCGGAUUUGCUCUUACUGCGCGGUACUUGCAUCGUGAACGAAGCAAUGCUCUCUGGAGAGUCGACACCAUUACUCAAGGAAUCCAUUGAACUCUUUGAUGGUUCCGAAAGGCUGGAUGUCGAUGGAGCGCACAAGAACAGCGUCCUCUUCGGUGGUACGAAAGUAUUACAAUCAAGCAACGGAGGUGUCUCGCAAGCGGGACCGCAUACACCAGACGGAGGGUGUCUUGCCGUGGUUCUGCGAACUGGCUUUGGCACUGCCCAAGGUUCGCUCGUGCGCACAAUGAUAUUCUCGUCGGAACGUGUAUCAGCCAACACACUUGAGUCCUUCCUCUUCAUUGCAUUCCUCCUUGUCUUCGCUCUUGCAGCGUCUUCGUAUGUAUGGCAGAAGGGUCUUGAGCGCGGUCUCAAGAAGUCCAAGUUAUUACUGGACUGCGUUAUGAUCGUUACUUCCGUCGUUCCACCUGAGUUACCCAUGGAACUAUCCUUGGCUGUCAACGCAUCGCUUGUUGCCUUACAAAAAUUAGCCAUCUUCUGUACAGAACCUUUCCGUAUUCCGUUCGCAGGAAAGGUUGAAGUCUGCGCAUUCGACAAAACCGGAACCAUUACUGCAGAGAGCCUUGUCGUUGAGGGCGUUGCAGGCGUGCAUCCCGAGGACCGCACUCGACUGGUGAACGUACGCGAAACGAAACGAGACACGGCACUCUGUCUUGCUGCCGCUCAUGCACUCGUUCGUCUCGAUGAUGGGAUGAUCGUUGGAGAUCCAAUGGAAAAGGCCGCAUUAGAGGCUCUCGACUGGCAUUUACAACCCGGUGAUCGCGUAUCUCCAACAAAUCAAACUGUCGCAGGACUGUAUGAACUGCAUAUUCGAAGGAGGUUCCAAUUCUCGUCUGCUUUGAAACGAAUGUCGACUAUUGCAACUAUGCAGCGCGGUGCGGGGAGUGGCAAGGCACGCGUGAGUGUCAAGGGUGCUCCGGAGACGAUUAAGACCAUGCUUGCUUCCGUUCCUGAGAGGUAUGAUGAAACGUUCAAGUACUUUACGCGUCGUGGAAGUCGGGUGCUUGCACUCGCCUGGAAGGAGAUGGAUGGGAUGUCUAAUGAUAGGAUAAACCACAUCGGACGCGACGAGGUGGAAAGCAAGUUAAAUUUCGCAGGCUUCCUCGUGUUCCAUUGUCCUUUGAAAGAGGAUGCCAUUCAAACAUUGAAAGACCUCGCCGAUUCCUCGCACAGAUGUAUCAUGAUUACUGGUGACAACCCUCUAACCGCUGUACACGUCGCACGAGACGUCGAGAUCGUGGACCGUGAAGCCCUGAUUUUGGACCUUAAAGAGAAUCCAAAGCACGAUGCAGACCUCGAAUGGCGAACUGUCGACGAAACAUUGUCCAUCCCUGUAGACCCUUCUAAACCCGUCGACCAAGCUCUCCUCAACAAGUACGACAUCUGCAUCACCGGUUCCGCCCUCAGACAACUAGAAAACCAACCCGCUUGGCUAACACUCGUCCAACACGCCUGGGUCUACGCGCGCGUCUCACCAGCACAAAAGGAAUUCAUCCUCACCACUCUCAAAUCACUAGGAUACAUCACGCUCAUGGCAGGGGACGGUACGAACGACGUUGGAGCGCUCAAGCAGGCUCACGUUGGUGUUGCGUUACUCGAUGGUACACCUGAAGAUCUUAAGAAGAUUGCGGAGCAUCAGAGGAUGGAGAGGAUUAAGAAGGUGUAUGAGACGCAGUUGAAUAUUAGUUUGAGGUUUAACCAGCCGCCUCCGCCGGUGCCUCCUGCUCUUGCGAGUGCGUACCCCGAGGUUGUGGAGGCUCAGGCGAGGGCAGCUGCUCAGCAGCAGAAUGCAAGGCAGAGAAAUCCUCUCGAGAAGUUUGAUUUGAACACCAUUACGAACAGUCUGGCAGACAUGGAUGCAGAGGACGACGUACCGAAGAUUAAACUUGGCGAUGCCUCGUGCGCAGCUCCGUUCACGUCUAAGCUCUCUCACACCGCAAGCAUUGCGCAUAUCAUUCGUCAAGGACGCUGUACCCUCGUUGCAACAGUGCAGAUGUACAAGAUCCUCGCGCUGAACUGUCUAAUCUCGGCGUACGCGUUGAGUGUGCAAUACCUGGACGGUAUCAAGUAUGGUGAUUACCAGGUUACAAUCACUGGUAUGCUUAUGUCUGUCUGCUUCCUCUGCAUUUCACGCGCGAAGCCCGUCGAGAAAUUAUCUCGUGAACGACCACUAGGGAACAUCUUCAAUCUUUACGUCCUACUAUCCAUCCUCAUACAGUUCGGAAUUCACAUUGUCGCGUUGGUCUACAUUACGGCAUUAUCAAAUGCGAACGAAGACCGUGGACCGAUUGAUCUCGAAGCCAAGUUUGAGCCAAACCUCCUCAACACAGCUAUCUAUCUUCUGGGAUUAUCUCAGCAGGUCUCAACUUUCGCUAUAAACUUCCAGGGUCGUCCAUUCCGCGAAGGCAUACGCGAAAACUCUGCGCUGUAUUAUGGUCUACUUGGCGCAAGUGCUGUUGCGUUUGCUGGAGCGACAGACUUCGUACCUGAGUUCUCGCGCUGGUUGCAGAUUGUCGAGAUGCCUGUUUUCUUCAGAGUUCGUUUAACAGCAGUGAUGAUCGCAGACUUCGUAGGCUGCUGGGCCGUCGAAGUCGUCUGCAAGGCACUCUUUGCGGUGCUUGAGCCCAAGGAGAUGCUCACUCGAGGACGAGAACGUAGAGAACGACGUAGACAACUUGAGGGGGAGAAACGCAAGGCUGAAGCUGCGACUAAAAAGGACGAAUAGAGUACAGUUACAAGUGCUUAGAUCUAAUUGGCUUUUCGUCUCGCUUGCGACCUCCCAUCUUCGUUUUACGUUGUCGUCGUUCUCGUUCUUUGACUACGCAUAAUGUACUCUAUUGAAUUUUAAUGGCUUUUUCUUCUAGACAUAC